CACUAUUUAAGACCGGUCUAUCUUGAGCACCACAUCUCGGUCCUCUUUGUUCGGAGAAAAUCAGCUGUUACGUCUACCAAUAUGCGUUCCCAUUUGCUCAUAUUAUCCCUUCCCAUCAUCUUAUCACGUUUUAGCGCUGCCUCGAUCAUUCCUACAGUGGCCGAGUUGCACGCCACGAAGCAUUCAACCGACAGCACACUGCAGAGUUUCACUGCUAAGCUCCAGGCCAAUGCCUACGGCACGACCUUCGCCGUCAACGUGACGUUGGGCGGAGAUCAAACAUUCCCCUUGUUAGUGGAUACUGGCAGCUCAGACCUUUGGGUUGUGCAGGACGACUGGAUAUGUGUCAACGACACCAGUAAUGCCAUCCUACCCCGAGAGAAUUGUGGUCUGGGUCCGGAAACGUAUCACCCAGAUUCGACAUUCCAAGAGGUCCCGGACGAAUUUUAUGGAGAGAUAAUGGGUAACGGGCGUCAGAGCGGAAUUCUCGGGAAAGAAGACGUGACCAUUGGUGGCGCCACAGUGAAAGGCCAGACCAUUGGCGUUGCUAACGUGUCAUCUAAUGCUCUUGAUGGAACUGUCAGCGGUAUUUUCGGAUUGGCAUAUCCCGUCUGGACUUCUGCACACCCUGGAUCCGUUCUGAAUCAGUCCAACGACACUUACGAUUAUGACCGAGUGAUAUACAGCCCAUUCUUUAACAGCCUAUAUGAAGAUGGACAGUGCGAGCCUUACUUCAGUUUGGCUUUGGAAAGGAUACCACAGGGUGAUGUUUCUGGGCCAGGCGGUUAUCUCACCUUCGGCAGCCUUCCUCCAGUGCCACACUCCGUGAACUUCUCCGUUGCCCCCGUCCAAAAUACUCCUCUUCCCGUCAACAUCACAAACAACAAAGCCCAGCCCUCAUGGUGGUCUGUCAACGUUGACAGUGUUGUGUACGGUCCCAGGGCUGACCGUUCCCACACCCUCACCACAAACUCGACUCAGUUCUUGGCCGUGGUCGACUCAGGUAACUGGUUUAACUUCCUUCCCAACAACCUUGCCGACCUGGUCAACAGUCACUUUUCACCUCCGGCCGUGCUGGACCCAACAAGCUACCCACCAACAUAUAAAGUUGCCUGCAACGCGACCGCUCCGACCCUCGGGUUCAGCAUUGGAAACCAGACAUUCUUCCACGAUGGACGGGAUCUGAUCCUCGACAUGGGUGGCGGCAGCUGCGUCUCCUCCUUGAUCUCGUUCGCCGGCGUGUCUUACGAAGGCGUUCAGCUGCACGGCGGUAUUGUUGGUGCGUCUUUUUUGAAAAAUGUCAUUGCGGUGUUUGACUUUGGAAAGACGGAGAUGAGGUUCGCAGCACGGACUAAUGGCACUGGCUCUUCAGGUGGGAACUCGUCGUCACCAACGAAAACUACUCCGUCCACUUCUUCUGCUCCCGGACAUCUGCUCGCGUGGACCACGAAAGGUUUAAUGCUGAUGGUGGCAAUGGUGUUUGCUUUUACGAUUACUGGCUCAGUAUAAUGCUACCCGAAGGUGUUUUCGGCCGAAUGUUUGGUGUGGCUUUGUAGCUGCCGGAGUGAGCUGUUCUUGCGAUCUGUAAAUAAAUGUAUUGAUUGCAAGACGGUUUUACCAGAUCACGAUUGACUACAGAUGUGUUGGUAUAAGAACUUUACAGCUGACAAGGGCAAUUUCCAAGGUUACCUCUUGUGCUAGGAGACUCCACCGAUAACCCUCCAGCUACGCGGCCAAAAGGCAGGUUUUUUAAGUGCUGCAUUUGAGCGUCUAGACUUCUAGUUAGUGACCGUCGGCAAGAAAUGUGAAGCUGGAAGAGUACUUCAGUUCUGAAGCUUCAAGUGGAACGGGAAGAGUAAGGGAGAGGCGUUAUUAUUAUAGGGCCUAUCUGAGGUUGUUGGAC